AUGUACUUUCUUUUCUCUUUCGCUUCGUUUAUUCUCGCCUUUACCCUUUUUUUUUUACUGUUCUCUUUCCCGUUUCCCUUAAUUUCGUCAAGAGAAACAGAAAAAUCAUUUUCUCUUUUUCCUCUUUAUAUAUUCUUUCUUUCUUUCUUUCUCUCUUUAUCUCUCUCUCUCUCUUUACCUGUCUCUCUUUCUACCCGUCUCUCUCUCCCUCUAUACCUCUUUCUUGCCCUCUCUUUCUCUCUCUGCAUUCUCUUUCUUGAUCGACAGUUACUUUCACGUUAUACAGUAGUGCAUUAUUAUAUAGAUAAUUUAUUAUCUCUUUCUCCUCUCUACCAAUCUAUAUCUAUAUGUAGCUAUCUAUGUAUAUCUAUAUCUGUCUAUCUAUCUUCUCAUUUCCUGUCAGAAUCUCUUUCCUUCUUCCAAUUUGUUUCUCUUACCCAAUUCCUCUCACAUAAACUAAUUUUCUUGCUCACGUCUUUCCUCUGUUUUCCUUGUUCGCGCUCGUCUUUGACUUCUCUCGCUAGAACAAGAAUCGAUAAAUCGAUCACAUUGAUCGAUACGAUUUUCAUCUGUAGGCGGAAACAAAAAGCAGAAAACAACACAGCGAAACACAUGUCUUUUCCACCAAUUGCUUUUUCUUCAAUGCCAUGGAUUUUCGGAAUGUUUUUUUGUCUUCUUCUUCUUCUUCUUCGAUCCGUAUUUUCUGUCUACAGAACAGAAUCAUGGAUUUGUUGGUUAUCUUUGCCGCUUUAUUACACCAUCUUCUGA